CGCCAAGGGAGCAGGGGGCAGAGGGAAGGCCACGGCCCGCGCGCACAGCUGGGAGGCACGGCGCGCGCCUCCAGCCCCCGCCUGGCAGCUCCGCAGGCGGCGGCGGUGGGACUGAGGGGAAGCCGCCAUAACCCCUGCGCCGAGGGGAGGGUGACGCCCCACACUUUGAACCCUCCUAGCUUCCCGUCCGCCUGAGGGAAGCAACCGGCGGAGAAACGCAGCCUCUCCCCGAGGAGGCGGUGGUGGGACGCGAACGCGAGCUGCUGCUGCUUCUUCUUCCUCCUUCUCCUAAGAUGGCGGCGGACUCCGCGGAACUGUUCCGCGUGGCCGAGGAGCGGAGCGGCCACUGCGCCGUGGUGGACGGGAACUUUCUCUAUGUGUGGGGGGGAUACGUGUCAAUUGAAGAAAAUGAAGUUUAUUUGCCUAAUGAUGAGCUCUGGAUCUAUGAAAUAGAUAGUGGGUUAUGGACAAUGCACCUAAUGGAAGGAGAGUUACCCACUUCCAUGUCAGGAAGCUGUGGGGCAAGCAUUAAUGGGAAGCUGUACAUAUUUGGUGGAUUUGAUGAUAAAGGAUACAGUAAUCGGCUUUAUUAUGUUAAUUUGCGAACAAAAAAUGGAACCUAUAGGUGGAAAAAAAUUACAAAUUUUAAAGGUCAACCUCCUACACCACGUGACAAGCUUUCCUGCUGGGUGUAUAAGGACAGGCUAAUAUAUUUUGGUGGUUAUGGCUGUAGGAAGCAUAAUGAACUGAGUGAUUGUUUUGAUGUCCAUGAUGCUUUUUGGGAAGGACAGAUAUUCUGGGGAUGGCACAACGAUGUUCAUGUUUUUGAUACAACCACACAAACUUGGUCUCAACCAGCAAUUAGAGGUGGAGAUCCACCUCAGCCUCGAGCAGCUCAUACAUGUGCUGUGCUGGGAAAUAAAGGUUACAUCUUCGGAGGACGAGUGCUGUUCACCAUAAUACAAAUCUUCCCAGGGAAAAGGCUCUACAAGGAACCAGAAAGGGCCAGGAAGUGUCAUGAGGCUUCUCCUAUUCAUCUUUCUGGGAGGAAAGGGCACCUUUUUCCAGACUUGGAGCUAGAACUGGUUAAAGAAGAUGAUGAUGAUCAAAAUCAAUUGUACCAGGAAUCAUUUGAAAACAGGCUCAGAAGUAUUAUGUGGACUCUGUUCCUCCAGCAAACUAGGAUGAAUGAUUUGCACUGCCUGAAUUUAGACACUUGGACUUGGUCUGGAAGAAUUAGUAUCAGCGGAGAGAAACCAAAGGAUCGGUCCUGGCACACGCUGACUGCUAUAGGAGAUGACAGACUUUUUCUUUUUGGGGGACUAAGUUCUGAUGAUGUUCCUUUAAGUGAUGGCUGGAUUCACAGCAUUACAACAAAUGGAUGGAAACAACUUACCCAUUUGCCUAAGAGUAGGCCUAGAUUGUGGCAUACAGCCUGCCUUGGAAAAGAAGGAGAAGUGAUGGUGUUUGGUGGAAGCAAGGAUGACUUGCAUUUCAUGGACACAGGUCACUGCAGUGACUUGUUGAUAUUUCAGACUCAACCUUACUCACUUCUCAGGUUGUGUCUUGACUGCAUUGGUAAAAACACAACUCUCCUAAAGAACCAAAUACCAUACUUGCCAUCCAAACUUCUGCAGCAAGUGCUGAAAAAAAUAACCUUCUGGGCUGCAGUUAACCACCGGCAAGAGAAAAAAGCUGAGACUGAGAGACAGAGUCAACUCAGCACCACAUGAACACUGGCAAUAAAACUGUUGAACACUUGGGUUUAUUCAUGGCAUACAGCAAGGUCUUUUGUUGGUGAACUUUACUAAAGCUACAGAACAACUGUAUGUUAAGCUGAGUUUCUAAGUGAAGUUUGAGAACAAAGCAAUCCUUUUUAUGGAAAUCUCGUUCAUUUUCUGCAUUAUAGGAACUUGAUAAAACUUUGUUUGUAUAUAUUGUUAACUUCUGCUGUCAUGGUCUUAAUGAGACAGUCCAUACAACUUGUUCUUUUUGAAGGAGACAUGACACAAAAUGUUUUCAGUUGGAUAAAAUAAAGCUUAAGACUAAAACUUUAUGACAGCCUUAUCGCAUCAGCCUUUCUGAAGAGAGAAAGUUCGUUGAACAUAGUACCUUUGGAAGACUCGUUGUCAGGCUUGAAAAAGGUAACUCAUUUCCUAACACAACCAAAUUGUAUUGUUCGAUUCCACCCAACUCUGUUACAUGACCAUCCAGUCAAAUGGUGGAGCCAGAUGUCUUGCUCCAAGUAGAAAAAUCAGUAAGUUUAACUGUGGAACUUGAAGGAAAAGUUGCAACGUGCAGCAUUGUCUGUCACAUAGGAAAGCUUACAUGCAGUUUGUAACAUGGUUUUACUCUUUCUGUAAUUGAGUCAUUUUUAAAAUAGGUUGUAUAUUGUAUUUUGGAUGUGUAAAGUUUCUAUUUCAUUCUUGUUUAAAAAAUGCUUAUUUAUUGUUUAAAAAGAGCAUAUGUAUUACUUGCUAUUUUUGUUUCAACUAUUUAGUUAACAGGAGCACAAUCAUUAAAAUUUUAUAGAGAGUUGAACCAGGA